GCUUUCCGAUUGGUCGGCCGGGUAAUAGUGGUCACGUGUCAAACAAGGCAGCAAGAGAAGUCGUCCAUCUUAGUUAUUCUGUUUGCAAAUAACAUACUUUCAAGUAUGAGUAUGAUGAAGGAGUGGCCCUUGGACUGUAAGGUCUAUGUUGGAGACUUGGGCAAUAAUGCAACCGAGCAUGAGCUAGAGUCGUCAUUCAGCAAGUACGGGCCUCUUCGUAACGUUUGGGUCGCAAGAAAACCACCAGGCUUUGCUUUCAUAGAGUUUGAAGACACCCGUGAUGCAGAAGAUGCUGUCAGGGCUAUGGAUGGAGCGCGUUGUUGUGGUGUCCGCAUCAGGGCGGAAAUGUCCAGCGGAAGGAGUCGUAGGGGCGGUCGUCGUGGCGGUGGGAUGGGUGGCGGAGGAGGUAUGCCCCAGAGGAGUGAACGCUACUACCCACGAUCAAGGUCAAGGUCACCGCGGCGUCAUCGUCGUAGCCCGAGCCGCAGUCACAGCAGAAGCAGGGAGCGCAGAAGAAGUCCGUCCAGGAGCCCUAAUUGGGAGCGUAGCCCACCGCCGCGAGCUCAGCGCAGACAGAGCAGGGAGAGAAGUGCAGAGGGCAACUGUAAAGUGGUCAAAAACGCGACUUCCGAUAGAGACAGGUCACGGUCUGCAUCACCAACAAGAAACUAACGAGAGCAGCCAGGCAAGAGAAGAAACAGAAGCAGAUACAAACCCCACACACAGCUCUCCCAUCUGUGUGUGGAGCCGCAUCAUGUUUUAAGUUG